AUGAGGAAGGUGACAAAUAUUAAACACUCAGUGACAGAUGAGGUCAUGAGUUCUCCAGAUGAAGUGCCACUUCCGUCCUACUCACAUACUCGGGAGCGACUAGUUCGGGCUGUUCAUCCUCACAUUAUCUGUUCUCUAACAUGUGGGGGGCGAGAAUGUCGCUAUGAGGGUCCUGAAGGCUGGAGCGCGGAGCAGCAGGCGAUCAAAGGACUAUAUUCAUCUUGGAUCACAGACGAGAUCAUAGCAAUGAGUCGCCCAUCCACACGUCUAGUACAGAAGUAUAAUAUCACAGAGCAGUUCAGCAGGUUUGGGAUACGCUCCCUGGUCAGCGCCCAGAUCCCUUGGGAACAUCCGUACUGCGGAGACCCUCUCGAUUCUCAGAGCGGAUUCUCGUACAACCCCCAGGACUUCAUGGAUUCUGGCGUUUCAUUCUAUAAUUUUGGUCUCCCUGAUUUUGGGGUUGUCCCUGUGCCUCGGAUUUUGGAUGCAGUGAAGGUCAUCACAUUUGCACUGCGUGAGGGGAAGGUAGCAGUGCACUGCCACGCGGGAUUGGGGCGCACAGGGGUCCUCAUCGCCUGCUAUCUGAUCUUUUCAUGCCGUGUUCAUGCUGCAGAUGCUGUGCGCUUUGUUCGUCUCCGCCGCCCUGGCAGCAUCCAGACAGGGGCACAAGUGUCUCUUAUUUGUGACUUUGCCAUGUUCCUCACCUCUCAGUGGCCUGUGUUCCCCUGCAGUCCUGCUGACUCCCUUAGCUUCACUCUUCCCCAGUAUUUGAUAUGCCAGAGACACCUACUGCAUGGGCAGGAAGCCAGAAGCCUGCGCCAUCUUCCCAAGCCAGUAGUGAUGAUAUGCCAAAGGCUUGCACAGUUGGCGAGUGGUAGGAGGGGACGUGGAGGGUCCUUGGCAGAUAUGGAGAGGGAAGCUUCAAACAGAUUACUGUGCCAGGUCAUCAUGAGAGCUUCAAGCGACAGACAUCAGAAGCCACCACUGAAUAUUUGUGACAGCAAGGAUGAAGAGGAUAGCACAAGAGGGAAGAGAAGGAACAGAAUUCUCCAGAGUCACAUGAGCUGUGAUACUGGGAUUCUACAACUACUACUCACAGGUGACAAAACAGCAGAGGCUGCCAGUAAUGUGUUGUGUCACCUGGAUCCUGUUCACAUGACCACACCAAGGGUAGAGGGCAAACUGUCAGAAGACAUAGAGAGGAGAACAGAUACCAGCACAACAAAUAAUGGAGAUAUAGAACGACCAACCCCCCCUCAUGUUCUGAAUAUUGCUGAGGCCCUGGCUGAGCUGGAGGUCCCAGACACAGAGACACAACAGACGGUGCACAGCUUGAAGCUGCUGCUUAAUGAAGAGGGAGCGUGGUCAGUAGUGUCUACAGAGAGCAAUCCCAGGGUCCUCUGCUCUCUGCUCUGGGACUGGCUCAAGCAGCUGAAGGAGCCGGUGCUCAGUCUUGAAGACGUAAAUUUGCUCUGUGAUGGAAACUGGAGACAAAACCUAACCAAACUGAGCAGGUGUCAAGGGGAGACUCUCUGCUGUCUUCUGCAGUGUGUCAGUAAGUUCACCUCUCUGCCCCCUUCGUUAGAGGAUAUGGUGUUGUUAAGAGUAAUACGAGGCUUGACACAGCUUCCCAAAGAUGGUCCCAAUAUGCCUUCCAAUGUUUUACAGCAACUGCGCUCCAUAGAGUAUGAGAUACGACUGCACAGGAUGACCGCUCGGGGACUACGCAAGCAACAGCUGCCAAUUGUAGCAACACAGAAAAUGCAGCAAACAAAGUAG